AUGUCUGACGAUGUAAAUGGUUUUGAAGGCAUGCGAAAGAAGAUACAAGAAAAGGCUAAAGAGCUCGACAAAAUGGAGAAAACAAUCAAAUUUCUUGAUUCUCGAAAAGCCGAAGAGUUUUGCGGCGAGCUAACAGAUGACGCGGCUUUAAGGGAGAGUUUAGUGAAGGAAAUUGAGGAGCUGGCCUUCAAACGCCUCAAAACUCAGGCAGAAAACCAUUUCUGCGAUCAAAUCGAUGCACUCUUUGAGGAGACGGAAAUGGCAAAAGAAUUUGAGUUGAUCAAGACGGGAGCCAAGACAGCUGAUGAGGUUGUUUCCAUGAAAAUUGAAGCCUUCAAAAAGGAGCAACUCGUCAUUCUCGAGAAAUAUCAAACAAAACUGAUCACCGAUCUUUACGCUAAAUUGAUCAACGACGCCGAAGAAAGGCUUCGGGAAAUUAAACGAGCACAAUGGCAAAAAGCAUUUUCAAGGGUGAUCGCAUUCCUGACCGCUGUUAUCAUUGUCAUCAAGAAUAAAUCGACACAUUUCUUCAUUGAGGCCGGGAGAAUCGGCUCAAAUGUUGGCGGGAGUGUUUGGAAAUCGACAGCCAUUCACUCGAAGAAUGCGAUCGAAACUUUCUUAUCGAUAGCUCGAAAAGGAUCGACUCAUCUCACCGAAAAAUCGCCGGCAAUCACCGAAAAACUCGGGAAAAUGCUGGAACACUGGUUUUACGGCUCGGUGUUCGUCUUUCUCGGCUUGAUGACAAUGGCUUUGCUGGAGUUCUCGUGGUUGACUUCUGGAUUGAUGAUCUGGACGCUGAUUGCGGCAAAUAUUGGCUACGUGUCUCAAAAUCAAGAAAAAAGGCUUUUCCCGGGAGGACUCGAGAUUUUAGGAGCCUCGAUUUUCGUCCCGCUUUGCCUAUUCAGUCGGCACUACACGGUGAUCGCUUUGAUCAUCAUUGUAUCGUUCCUUUUGACCGUAUCAUUGGACAAAACGCUGACACAGUCAGUAGAGGAUAUGCUCUUCAAAAAACCAACCACCACCCUCAAGAAUACGUUUUUAACGGCCACUCGCUUCACCGGAGCAUUGAUCGGCUUUCUCGCUUUGCCAUUCUUUGCUCAUCCGGCAAUUACCAUUUUAUGCUACACAUUUAUGACGUGUUGCCUAAUCCUUCUCAAGAAAGCUAUCGGGAACAAUAAAGUCAUUCAACCGAUUAUGUUCUUCGGUAUUUUGGUAUUCGGCGUCAUCAACUAUAUCCUCUUCCACUAUACAAACAAUCUACAAUUGCUUCUUUUCAUGGUGCACGCUCUCACUUCAGUAACCACACUUGAAAUUGCUGAGGGAAAUAAUGCUCUGAGACAUGUGCCCCUGAGACGUGUGUCUACACUUCGUUGGGACAAUGUAAAUCAUUGGGACAAUGGUGCUAGCGAUCAAUUCAUUCUGAAAUUCUUGGCUCUUCACGGUCUAUCGACUCUUGGAAUGUGGAAUGAGUAUGUGGCUACUUUUAUGACCGCUCUCCUCUCUAUCCUAAUCAUCGCCGGAGCUCUCGAAUUCAAAUAUGAAGCAGAGCGCCAAUUGAACAUCCACGAAGAGUUCUAUGCAAAAGGUCUUCAAACGAGAGACUCGUUAGUGUUCAUAGUGCUCCUUGGGUUGGUAAUCGGCGGAUUGUUUGGCACAUAUUCGAAUACGAUAGCAAUGGGCGUUCUCCUGCUGUACCUCUUGCUAUGCUUUGUCCUAUCAGCUUUUGCAAAUCGUCCUCCCUGGUAUUUACUGCACAUGGCUGUUGUGGCGAUCUAUUAUCACAUGGCUUUUCAGCUCUUGGACUCAAUUGAGGACUAUCUCAUUUGGAUCUUUGCCAUCGCUUCCUUGGUGAUCUUGGCAAUUUAUAUCCAACGUGUGUUUAUUGUGCCAGAAAUGAAGGCUCGUAGAAGUCCCACAAAAGAACGUCCUGAUCAGCCGUCUUAUUAUCAGAAAGCCUAUGAGUUGCUCUCGCAAUUUUUCAUUGAACAAGAAAACGAGCGAGACAGAAAGGAGAAA